AUGUCCUGGAAGCUUACCAAGAAGUUGAAGGAGACGCAUCUUGCGCCUUUAACGAAUUCCUUCACCCGGUCUUCAUCCACAUCCACCAUCAAAGGUGAAUCUGGCGAAGAGACUCCAGUAGUUUCACAGACUCCGAGUAUCCCAUCCACAAAUUCGAAUACAAUCAAUGCUUCGGAAUCACUCGUCUCGCCCCCUGUGGAUCCGGUCAAGCCUGGUAUCUUGAUAGUCACCCUUCAUGAAGGGCGGGGCUUCGCACUUUCCCCGCACUUCCAGCAGGUCUUCACAAACCAUUUCCAGAACAACAAUUACUCAAGCCCCGUUCGUCCUAGCUCCUCUUCCUCCCACUCUGCCCAUGGACAGGCAACCUCCUUCGCGCAGAACGGUCGUCCGCAGUCUACCAGUGGUGGCAUUAACGCCGCACCUACCAUCCAUGGCCGCUACUCGACCAAGUACCUCCCUUACGCCCUUCUAGACUUCGAGAAGAAUCAAGUUUUCGUUGAUGCCGUCUCGGGCUCCCCGGACCAUCCGCUCUGGGCUGGCGACAAUACUGCCUUCAAGUUCGAUGUCUCUCGCAAGACGGAAUUGAACGUUCAGCUAUAUCUGCGCAACCCAGCGGCUAGACCUGAUGUCGGUCGCAGUGAGGACAUCUUCCUUGGCGCGGUCAAGAUUAUGCCUCGUUUCGAAGAAGCCCAGCCGUAUGUGGAGGAUCCCAAGCUUAGCAAGAAGGACAACCAGAAGGCAGCUGCGGCUCACGCAAAUAACGAGCGUCACCUGGGUCAACUCGGCGCAGAAUGGUUGGAUCUUCAAUUUGGCGCGGGCUCCAUCAAGAUUGGUGUUUCCUUUGUCGAGAACAAGCAACGUAGCUUGAAAUUGGAGGAUUUCGAUCUUUUGAAGGUUGUGGGUAAAGGCAGUUUCGGCAAAGUCAUGCAGGUCAUGAAGAAAGACACUGGCCGAAUCUACGCCCUCAAGACCAUCCGAAAGGCUCACAUCAUCUCGCGGUCGGAAGUCACCCAUACCCUGGCAGAGCGGUCUGUGCUUGCGCAGAUCAACAACCCUUUCAUCGUCCCUUUGAAGUUCUCAUUCCAGUCUCCUGAGAAGCUCUAUCUGGUUUUGGCCUUUGUCAAUGGCGGCGAAUUGUUCCAUCAUCUCCAACGAGAGCAGCGCUUCGACAUCAAUCGUGCCCGUUUUUAUACCGCCGAGCUUCUCUGCGCGCUCGAGUGCCUUCACGGCUUCAAGGUCAUCUACCGUGAUCUGAAGCCCGAAAAUAUCUUGCUCGAUUACACAGGACACAUUGCUUUGUGCGAUUUUGGUCUAUGCAAGUUGGACAUGAAGGACGAAGAUCGAACAAACACGUUCUGUGGCACACCCGAAUAUCUUGCACCCGAGCUCCUGCUCGGCAAUGGUUAUACAAAGUCUGUCGACUGGUGGACCCUCGGUGUUCUUCUCUAUGAGAUGUUGACGGGUCUCCCGCCAUUCUACGAUGAGAACACGAACGAUAUGUACCGGAAGAUUCUCCAGGAACCCUUGACUUUCCCCAGCAGCGAUAUCGUACCUCCUGCCGCUCGCGAUCUUCUCUCCCGCCUACUUGACCGUGACCCUCAGCGUCGCCUGGGCGCCAACGGUGCCGCAGAGAUCAAGUCUCAUCACUUCUUUGCCAACAUAGAUUGGAGAAAGUUGCUUCAGAGGAAGUAUGAGCCUAGCUUCCGGCCGAACGUGAUGGGUGCAUCCGAUACUACCAACUUUGAUACAGAGUUCACCAGGGAGCCCCCGCAGGACUCCUUUGUAGACGGACCUGUCUUGUCUUCGACUAUGCAGCAGCAAUUUGAAGGUUGGUCCUACAACAGACCGGUUGCUGGACUCGGCGAUGCCGGCGGCAGUGUGAGGGAUCCGUCUUUCGGUAGCAUCCCGGAGUAA